AUGAACCAGCGCAGCGGUCGAAGUCCUGGCCUGUUGGCCUCGUCUUGCAUGCCCCUUCGCACGAACAACUUCCUGGAGUCGUUCGACGAGAUGACGCCGACCGUGUCGGCUUCGGCCCUGUCGCCGGCCGUCACGGCCAUCACGUUGACCUAUCCGACGCAAGAGCUGCUGUUGCGUCUGCUGCCGCCGGUGCCGGCCAACGGCGGCCUCUCGUGGCUGGCGGGACUCGGACCCGACGACCUGUUUCGCUCGCGUCGAGUCGACGCACUCGCCGGCAACCUGGCCGCGCUGACUCGCAUCCAGCACUUGUCGAUCGCGGCCGGCUCCGCCUCCAGUCCGCCGCCGCGGCCCGGUCUGGAGGCCGCCACCAGACCGGGCUUUCUCGAUCCGGCCAGUCUGGCCAACGGUCUGCCAGGCGACAUUUAUCCCAUCGCCGGCGCUCCCUUCAACGCCGCCAGUCAGCAGCCCCUCUUCUCGUCCUCUUCCGUCUCCUCCGAGUCGCCGGCCGCCUCCACGUCUUCGGGACUCGGCUCCUCCACCGACGGCAGACUCGAACUCGCCGACAGGGUCCAAUUGAAGCUGAAGGAGGCCAAGAUUUGGAGCGAACUAUACGCUUGCAAGGCCGAAAUGAUAGCCACUAACACCGGCAGGUAG